GUCGUCAGUAGCUCCAACAAUCAGUCCAGUCACAGGCUUACAGCGCCAUGGCCGACCCUGAGAGCGAGGUCGAGAGCGGGUGCAGUGGGAUCAAGGAAACUCCAGAUCCCGGUGUGCUGCCAGGUACAUGUACUGAUCCCGAAAUCUCGACUUCUGCUUCGUCCUCCGUUGCCUCUUCGUCCACCGCAAAUUUGGGUUUGAGUUUGGCUUCGGAUUCGAAUCCUGCGAGUGCCUCAAAUUCGACGCUGCGGCCAAAGGCCAAGUCGCGGACGCCUUCCACCAAUCUUCUUCCAGUUGCAAUUGGCCCUUUGAACACAAAUCGCAAAAGUCGAUUCGCAGAACCCGGGACUACAACCACACAUGCAGAGCGCGCCAGCAUUUCUAUGCCCCCGCCCUCGAUCCCGCGAUCCCGAACCUCCUCGUCCUACUCGAAAAGAACAAGUGUGGUCGAUUCAUUGAGGUUGCCGUUGACGUCAGAAUUCAACAGUCGCCGGUCCAGCAAAGAUAGCAUAGCGGUCGAGGACAUGGAGACCCCCAAGCUGUCUCCAGGAACCACCAUGUCGGACGACUCCAAACAUUCCCAAUUGCCAGAUGCGGCUCCUCCCAGUCGCCCCUCCAUGUCAGACAUAGACACCAAGCGCAUGUCGGUGUCUUCAAUGUACUCUUUGACAUCGGUGAGAGCUGGCGGAGCACCUAGUUCGGCGGCAUCUGCAAAUGGAUCUGAAGGCGGAAUGAACACAAGAGUGCCGUCUGGCACUUUGUCGCCAUCCAAGGCGAUGGGCAUAUCGCAAGCAGAGACCUCUACCUCUGCGAUUUCAGUCACAACCUCCUCCUCAACCCAAUUCAGCUCUCACGGAUCUACGUCUGGACCUUCGCUGACUCCGCGAGAGACUCCGGCCAAUGCCUCGGACAUUGCAAAACGUAACGCUGCACAAAGAGGAGAGGGUGCCCCUCGACCACAUGUCCCAACAAGAUCGCGUAGUCGCGCAAAGAGGAGGUUCAGCGGAAGUACCGCUGCCAGCAGCCACAGCCCAAGUAGUGACAGAGGCGAUAGACCCUAUCAGACUAGGAAAGAAGAAGAUUCUAAAUCUGCUCCAUGGGGUGUUAUUGGUGUUUGUGCUCUUGAUGUGAAGGCUCGAAGCAAGCCGAGUCGAAAUAUUCUGAAUCGUCUCAUCUCUAACAAGGAAUUUGAAGUCAAGGUAUUUGGAGACAAGGUGAUUCUGGAUGAGGACAUCGAGAACUGGCCCAUCUGUGAUUACCUGAUCUCAUUUUAUUCGGACGGGUUUCCACUCGACAAAGCAAUUGCGUACGUCAAGGCUCGAAAACCAUUCUGUGUCAAUGAUGUGCCCAUGCAGAAGAUUUUGUGGGAUAGAAGAAUUUGCUUGAUGAUUCUAGACAAGAUCAGUGUACCAACGCCAACAAGAGUGGAGGUCAAUAGAGAUGGUGGGCCGAGUCUCUUAACUCCUGAUAUGGCGGUACACCUAAAGGAAACCACCGGUGUGGUUUUGGAUGGACCUGAAGAUGGGACCGGUGGAAGUAUUGUCCCGCCCAAGAAAGUCGAGCUCAUCGAAGAUGGUGACGUAUUGAGUGUUGAUGGUGUGCUCCUCAAGAAGCCCUUUGUGGAGAAGCCCAUUAGUGGAGAGGACCAUAACAUCUGCAUCUACUACCCCAAGAGCCAAGGGGGCGGGGCGAGAAAGCUGUUUAGAAAGAUUGGAAACAAGAGUUCGGAAAGAGUUGAGGGAAUGAAUACACCCCGUGCAAUUUUGGAGCCUGAAAGUAGUUAUCUUUAUGAGCAGUUUAUGGACGUCGACAACGCUGAAGACGUCAAGGCCUACACGGUUGGUCCCAAUUUCUGCCAUGCUGAGACUCGCAAGUCUCCCGUAGUUGAUGGUUUGGUUCGAAGAAAUACUCAUGGGAAGGAAAUACGAUAUAUCACCAGUCUUUCAAAGGAGGAAUCAGCUAUGGCUAGCAGGAUCGCUGUAAGGUUUGGUCAAAGGGUGUGUGGGUUCGACCUGCUUAGGGCAGGAGGGAAAAGUUAUGUGAUUGAUGUUAAUGGGUGGAGUUUCGUCAAAGACAACGACGAAUACUACAUCCAAUGUGCCUCUAUUUUGAGAGAAAUGUUUAUCCGGGAGAAAAAACGUCAAUUAGGCAUACCUGUGGAUGCUACUCCAGUUCAACCAAAUCUCUCCGACGGUACGAUUAGUCCACCAGGCAGACCGGGUACCAUCAAAGACAGCAGCCACCGAUCGACAUUGCAACACAUUCUUUCCAAGUCUCCCAGUAUAUCAAAAUUGCAUGCUCACCAUCAUAAUAAGAAGCAAACUGCAGCUGCAAAUGCAUCCCCUGAUGCUUCAACUGCACCAACCCCGAGGACAUCACCGCCUCUGGGGGCGGAUAGAAGUACAAGCCUUCCACAAGUACCUGAAACUCCAUCAUUACCUCCACCAGCUGUCCCAACACAGUCUCUACGCAUACCUUCCGUAGCGCCAUCAACUACCUCAUCUACUCCAGCGCUCUCUUCCUCGCAAGAAAGUGAAAUGCGACCUCCAGCACCCAAGCAUACUUGGAAGUUGAAGGGUAUGGUUUCUGUCAUUCGGCAUGCUGAUCGGACUCCAAAGCAAAAGUAUAAGUUCACGUUUCAUACCAAACCCUUCGUAGACUUGCUCAAGGGUCAUCAGGAAGAGGUUCUUCUAACGGGCGAAGCGGCACUAGAUAGCGUCAUUGUUGCUGUUGAUAUUGCAAAGCAACAGGGUAUUGAAGACAAGGAGAAGUUGCGAACUUUGAGAAAUGUGCUAGUGAAAAAAGGCGGGUGGCAAGGAACGAAGGUCCAGAUCAAGCCAAUGUUCAGAAAGCGAAAGCCCGAAGAAGUUUUGUCUGUCAUUCCUGGUUUCUCUGAUCCUAAAGUCGAAAUCCCACAAGCCGCAGCACCAAAAUCCCCAAAACACCGCGUCAAGGAGCUUGUUCAGGAGUCAUCUUUAGACGAAGACGGAGGCGGUGUGAGGAGAUCCCCAACCAGAAGUGACUCUCUAUCCGGUGUUACUCUAUCACGAAUCACCGCCGCUGAGAACAGCCUGGUACUGGACAAACUUCAAUUAAUUGUGAAGUGGGGAGGUGAGCCCACACACUCAGCUAGAUACCAAUCCCAUGAACUUGGUGAGAAUAUGAGGAAUGAUUUGUUAUUGAUGAACAGAGAGGUUCUCGACGAGGUUCAUGUCUUUAGCAGCUCUGAAAGACGCGUCACAACUAGCGCACAAAUCUGGGCAUCAGCCUUCACAGACCAGAAGCAACUUCCCCCAGAUUUCAUUACCAUCAGGAAGGAUCUACUGGAUGACUCCAACGCUGCCAAGGAUGAGAUGGACAAAGUCAAGAAGAAGCUCAAGACUUUACUCAGACAAGGUAUCGAAGCUCCACCGCAGUUUGCAUGGCCUCCUAACAUGCCGGAGCCUUCGAUCGUGCAAGCCUACGUGGUUCAAUUGAUGAAGUUUCAUAGAAGAGUUAUGCGCCACAAUUACUCCAAGCUAUAUGGGGGCGCGUCCACAUCCCUCAAUGCUAUUGCGAAUCCGGGAGAUAAAGACAGUGUCAGCUCAUCAUCAUCAAGCUCUGCCAUGUCACAAGCGUCCGAGAUCAACAAAAUCCAAUCUCGAUGGUGCUGCAAUGAAGAUCCAGAGCUAUUUAAGGAGAGAUGGGAAAAGUUGUUUACUGAAUUUUGUGAGGGUGACAAGGUUGACCCAAGCAAAAUAUCUGAGUUGUAUGAUACUAUGAAGUUUGAUGCUCUUCACAAUCGACAUUUCCUUGAACGGGUUUUUACGCCUAGCAAAAGUAUCCUUGAGGAAGAGGAAGAAGCACUUGCUGCAGAAUCCAAGGGCAUGGAUAAAGACCGACCAAGAGAAUCAAAAGACCUCGAUGAAGUUGUAAGGAGUCAGACCGUACCGAUGGAAAAGGCAGAUACCAAUAGAAGCGCUCGACACCGAAUAUUUAGACGGCGAACUUCAAUGAUGACAGCACGGCCAAAUGCAGAAGACGCACCUGAGCAGUACUUCAAAUUAUUUACUGGCAGCAGUCAAACCCCAGCGAAGACUGAUCAUCGUCUAGAGAAGCUGAGGGAGUUGUAUAGGCUAGCCAAGAUUUUGUUUGAUUUUAUUUGCCCUCAAGAAUAUGGCAUUACAGACCAUGAAAAGCUUGAAAUUGGAUUGCUUACUUCACUUCCUCUCUUGAAGGUAUGUCGAUCAUUGCUUGCUCUAGGGGAAUUGCUAAUGCUAGCUAGGAAAUCGUUCAAGAUCUCGAAGAGAUGCAGGCUUCAGAUGACGCUAAGUCCUUCAUUUACUUCACCAAGGAAUCUCACAUCUAUACCCUCCUGAACUGCAUUCUCGAAGGCGGUGUUGAAACUAAAAUCAAACGCAGCGCAAUCCCAGAACUUGAUUACCUUUCACAAAUUUGCUUUGAGCUCUAUGAAUCCGAAAACAAAACUCCGCAUGACGCUCCUCCGGGGGAUGUCGCCAAGUAUGCAUAUUCGAUACGAAUCAGCAUCAGCCCAGGGUGUCACACGUUUGAUCCUCUGGACGUACAACUUGAUAGCAAACACUGUAUCAGUUGUGCGCAACGGAGGAGUUUGACGGAUCACGGAGAUUGGAAGAUGAUGAUUGAGACGUUGAAGGCGAGAUUCCAUCAGUAAGUCAAUUACUGCCGUGCCCCUUUUACCCUCAGUUUAGAUGAAUACUAGUAUCUGACUGAGAGUGAUAGGGUCAAACUCCCAAAGAGUUUCCUCGCCGUGAAUCUCAGCGAAUCACAUAGCUUUCACAAGAAGGAGGAUUCGCAGGACCAGAUACCGUUGACAACGGCAAGUAUUGGUACUGUGAAGGAUGAGGGCGUGCAGCCAAUUCCUAUUCCUAUUCCGACAGAUUUGGGUCUAGACUCCGCGGCGACGAAUGUGAGUUUGAGCUCUUCAAAGCCAUCUUCUAGCUCGCAAAAUGCUUGAUCAAAGACGAAGAUGCGAAAAGAAGGAAGUAUGGGGUCUGGAAAUUAUGUACGCCUCACCAAUUCCCAACGACACGGCCCCACAUACCGAUAAUAAUAAAGUUCUUCACCCCUUUUCUCAUAGCCGAUGUCUCGGUUCGGGCCUAAUGAAGGAGGGGUAAAGGUGGAGCUCGGGCUUUACCACCCGCCAUGGAAUUGUUGGUGUGGAUGGGAAUCUCCAGCAAUUGCAAUUGCUAUUGAUGUAUCAACUUCCUUGAUUCCUUUUUUCCCCUUCCUGCAUCUGCAUCUGGUGCUUGCAUAUUCUCCUUUUCCUUUUUCUUCCUCGAGCAUCUCGGCGUACCGGGCGCACCGAGCGUUGGGGGUUGCAUGUUUUUGGUUCUGCUUUUGUUCUUGGCUUUUUGGCCUGGGUGGGUGUACUUGCCUUGUUUGGUGGAGUUCGCAUGUGCUGGCUUACUGUGGUGUUUCUAUGCGGUGUGGUGUGCAUGCGUGAUGUUCGGAUUGAUAGAAGAGCAGGGGGUGUGAGAGGGUUGGUUUUGUGGUAGUUGGGUGACUGUGGCCGGGUUUAUGGCGCCUAUUGAAGAUGUCUUGAUUUUAGAGGAAUGGAUCGUGAGUGGGGAUGAGGUUUUGUUAUGAGAUAAGAUGAGAUGAGGGGUUAUGAGUUAUGGUUUUUGGUCGGUACGGGGAGGGGUGGGAGGUUGUGAAGUUGUGAAGUUGGUUGUGGGGCUCGUAUGCCUAGGUGUAGUUGGGGUGGAGAGAUAGAUGAAAUAGAUGAUAGAAUUCAAUUCAUACCGGUAGGUAUAUAUCACCUAGACUUUCUUUGAAGGAAACACCGUUGAAUCGUUGAUGUUUAACAUGAGUUACCUUGG